GUCUCUCGUCCACUUUUCUUUACUUAUGAUAUAUGGCAAUAUGAAUUACAUAAAUCAAGUACAAGAUUUUGUUACUUAUCUUCAAAAUCCAUUAGUCUUACAGAGGAUUUUAAAUGUAAAUAAUAUUAAUAGAAAUUUGCUUACUCAAAUUUUACAACGAGUAAAGAAAGGAAAAUAUAUUACAGCUUACAAUUUACUUAGAGCAAGAAUUAAUGAAGAAGGACUUUUAGUAAAUAUAACUAACGGAUUUGUGAUUGGGCAAUCUACAGAAAUAAUAUGGAAAAGUUUUACACCUGCCGAAAAAAGUACGUUUACUACUUACGCAAGUCAAAUUCGGUCUAGGAUUACUAUCUGA